AUGUCAGUGUUCAAAAAGAAAGAUAAGACUGAGAAGGAUGACAAGAAGAAGAAGCAUGAUGAUGACAAGUACUCACCAACCACCAGCUCACCAGUGAGCUCCACUCUUGGUAAUGUGGCUACACCAGUGCCAUUCGCUGAUGAGGAGAGAAUCAGACGUGAGGAGGAGGAGAGAAAGAAGAAGUUGGACGAGCAGAAGCGCAAGGAGGAUGAGGACCGCGCCAAAAAGGAGCAGCUCGAGAAGCAGCGUCGCGAAGAAGAGGAACGCAAGAAAUCAUCUGCAGCCAACGACGAGAUGAACGAAGAGUUUGAGAUUCAAAGUUUGGACCAGCAAGGCAAGUCUGCCAGUGCCGGCACCCAAGACCUCUUCUCCUUCUUCCCAAAUGAGGUCUACUCUGCCUAUGACAAGCUCCAGGCAUUCUCCAGAGACCUUAACACAUCGAUCGCUCAGCCAGAGAUUGUGUUUGUUGGACCAAAGAGCUCAGGCAAGUCUAGCUUGGUUGAGGCAUUCAUUGGACGCCCAUUGAACAUUGUUGGCGCGCUGGGAUGCUCAAAGAGAUCGAUCCACUUCCAGUUUGUUAACAAUGCCGAGUGCGAGGUGGCCAAGGUCACCGUCAAGAGAGACGCCCUGAUCAAGGAGCUCGACCACGACGUCGUCAUCACCGUGGAGCAGCUAAACGACACUUUGAACCGUCGCAACACCGUCAUCUCGGACGAGCCCAUCUACGUGCUCAUCGAGUCCAGGUCCACACUCAACCUGACUCUGAUCGACACCCCGGGUCUCGUGGCCGACGGUGCCAACGAUCACGCCAAGAUCGACGCUAUAGUCAGCGCCAUCCUGCGUCCCAACCACCGUCUGAUCGUUGCCGUCGAGCCAUGCGGCGACUGGGCCAACAUGACCAUGCUGCCAUUUGUCAAGCGUGUGGACCCCGAGCUCAGCCGCUCCACCUUUGUCUUCACCAAGUUCUUCAACGUCAUCCAGGACUUCAACUCGACUCGCUCCGUCAACCGCUUCCUUGCCGGCGCCGUCUCUGACAUUAAGAGUUUCUUUGUCACUAUCCCCAACCACAAGAUCCGCGCACGCUUCGCCGACCCAGCCAGCUUCCAGGAGAAGCUGGCCCAGGCAUACAAGCGUGACAUGAACGCACUGGAGCAGUUCCAGUACGAUAAGCGCUAUGAGCGCAACAUUGGAGUGACCCCCUUCCGCAGAUACAUCCUCAACAUCAUCUGGAAGUCCUACCAGGACGGCAUUCCCCGCAUCCUCAAGCACCUGCGCGCCAAGCGCCAGGCCGCCGAGAUCGCCCUGAACGAUCUGCAGAAGCAGUCAUCGUCGCUGGACGCCACCAUGCUGCGCGCCGUCGCAUCGCACUACACCGUCGGCUUUUUGCAGAUCACCGAGAAGCUGCUGGCGGGUACCAGUGAGGGUAACCCCACUGUGAAUGGUCAAACACUGGAGGAGGAGAAGCACCAACAGGGCGACGGCGGCGACUGGGUCGACCUGUACAACCGCCCAAUCAAGUUUGACGCUGAGGAGUGGGGCAUCGCCUACUGGAACAGCAAGCUCUACGGAGGUCAGCAGUUUGAGCGUCUCAUGUCUGAGUUCAAGGCCGUCUGCGACAACACCAAGAUCACCGAGGUCACUCUGGACGACGUGGCCACCGCGUCGGGCAUCAACAAGCUCAACAACAUCCCCAACUACGCCUGGGCUGCUUGCGACCUCGCUCAGCAAAAGUCUCAGGACGCCAUGGUGCCAUUGAUCGAGCAGCUCUGCGAGCGCGCCAUCUAUAUCAUGAAGCGUCUGGCCGACGUUGCCGACAAGGUGGUGGACUCAAGAAAGAAGAACCGCAUCACCGCCAGCAGCGGUCUGGCCGGCGGCCGCUUCGACAUGGAGAACAUCGACCAGUACCCAUACUUCACUCACCAUGUGCGCGACCUGUUCUUCAAGUUCAUUGAGCAGGCCAGCAAGAUCUGCAAGGAGAAGUGCAUGGACGAGUUCUACUCGACGCGCACCAUCUACUGGGAGCUCACCGAGCAUCCAGACCAGUCGCUGCCCGUCGUAAGGAACGACCACCAGGACACACGCGCCACCGUCGAGCAUCUGACAACACAGUUGUUCGAGUCAAUCAGGAAGCGCAUCACCAAGAACGUGCUGUUGAAGUUCUACAACUUCUUCCUGGUGCCCAUCCAGACCGACCUCUGGAGCGAGAUCCAGGGCAAGAUCACCUGUCUGUCCAACGAGUCGCUCGAGCAGAUCUUUGAGGUCAACGCCACCAAGGAGCAACUCAAGGAGGACGAGAAGAACCAACAGGUCAUCCUCGAGAAGUACACCAAGAACGACGAGCUCUUCUUGAAGGCUGCCUCACAGUUCUGUCAUCCAUUGUCAACUGCCUCAGUACAAUAA